AUACCAUGACGCAGCAAAUUUCGAUAGCAAUACCUUGCUUUAAUGAAUCUAUUACGGUGAUCUCUCGAUGCUUUUCUUGAUGCUCCUUGAUACUGCUGGAGAUGCAUCGUUCAAUGGAUGACAGAUUAGACGAUUUCAAAUGACGAGAAAUGCGCUAAUCACUAUCACGCAGAUAAAGCACAGAAAACACCACGGCGGUUUCUGGGGGCAACAGCAUCAAUCACCCCACCUGACAUGAAAGCUGUAAUUUGGCUAAUCCGGUUCGAAGCCCUUCCUUCGCUCAUUUUACCGAUGGCCUUCGCACCCCAUGAGUAAAGCAUCUUCCAAACGGUGUAAUUCGUCGCAUCGUGAACUUUUCCGAGAAACAACACCUUUGUGGUACGCGAGAGCACCCAGCCCAAUCAAGCCAAACCGGACGAGAGAGUAAACCUGAAUAAAACCGACGGUGGAAUCUCGCGUUAAUAACAGAUGCAAUCAUGUCACCUUGUUGGAACGAAGCGGAGGAAGGACGAAAGGGUUUCGCGGGGCUCAGCCGGUGGAAGAUGAUACUCGGGGCUGUUCCCACGUCGUUAACCAAUCUCCUACCAUGGAUCUCACUAGCAGCGAAGUCGACAAAGGCGUUUUUGCAUCGCCUCUAAGACCGUGAACUGUCACGAUUUUCUUGCAGCAGUUGGAUGUACAGGUAAAUAGCCCGCGCACAUUGUCGGAAACGUCAUUAUUGCCUGUGUGGUUUAUCCUAUCCAACUAAAUCGUUGAUCAUCGAUUGGAUUAGCUCGGCGCAAUACACCGAUAUCUUUGAUACAGAUAACACUUCAGAUUCUUCGUUGGAGCAAAUACGUUGGAGCAACAAUCUAAGGGGAAAGUGGCAGGUGGAGCAUACUACAAUAUCCUAAUUGGUAUGGCUGAUAAGCGUACUUAACUAGGAUACAACAAUUGUAAAUUGAUACAACGAUCAAUCUAUGGUUCUGAUGGCAAAACUGUGAUUACGGCGAGAGAGAAGAGAUGCGGGGUUGAGAGCUUGAAUGACGCCAGGACCAGGACCGGGGAAACGUGUCGCAAUAUCCUCCAUCAUGUCUAAACGAAUAAAAUCUCUGCUAACCAAAGAAACCAAAGAUUAUCUCAUGAGCACACACUUCUGGGGCCCGGUAUUCAACUGGUCGAUACCCAUAGCAACUAUAACCGACACGCAAAAGCAUCCAAAAAUCAUUAGCGGCAAAAUGACUGUGGCCUUGACCCUGUAUUCUCUGAUAUUCAUGCGGUUUGCUUGGAAGGUGCAACCGCGAAAUUUGCUGCUGUUUGCGUGCCACUUCACUAACUCCGCAGCUCAAAUCACGCAAGGUUACAGGUUCCUCGAGUACCAUUACGGCUUGCAGAAAGAGCUCGACUAGAAGUGAUGUGAGAAGCCAGCGGCAAAUACAUUGUAAUUUGUACAUUUGCAAACAUAAAAUGCAAAAUAACAUAAGAUUAAUAAAA